AUGGGUAAUUGUCUGGGAAGUAUUUUUCGGCGUCGAAACCAGCGUCGUCACAUCGUCUUGAUACUGAUAGGCUUGGAUAACGCGGGAAAAACAAAAACUGUGAAUAAUUUGGCCGGCGAGAAGGAUGACAAGGUUUUGCCGACUGUGGGUUUUAAAGCUGUGAAUUUAGUGCAUAAAGAUACUCCUGUGACGAUAUAUGAUUUAGGCGGGGGCCCUCACUUUCGUCAAAUAUGGUCUCAGUAUUAUAGCGAAGUGCACGGUGUGAUAUUUGUCAUCGAUUCAAGUGAUUUUUCACGGUUGGACGAAUGCAGGGCCGUACUUGAAGAGGUGUUAUCGCAUGACAAAAUAUCAGGCAAACCAGUGCUAGUUCUAGCGAAUAAACAGGACAAAACCGGGGCCUUGGACGAUAUCGAUGUGGUGGACAAACUGAACAUCGAACCUCUUGUUAAUAAGUACAGAUGUCCAACUCUAGUCGAAUCCUACAGCGCUUUCACAGAACACCUAAAUAAUAAAAAACCGAAAAUAGAUCCAGGAUUGCGUAAAGGCUAUCAAUGGCUGCUAAACUACAUAGUACGACGUUACGGCGAUAUCAAUUUGCGCGUACAGACGGACAUACACGCAGAUCUAGAACGACGCAAACGGAUGCUGAACAAAGCUUCGAACACGACAUCACAGACUUUCACGGCUGAAAGUGAUGACAUAGCCACACAAACUGGCUUUGAAAACCCCAAUUAUGACAUAAAAAAAUCGACUAAAAUCGACAAUGAUGGAGUACAAGGCGUGAUAGUCGUCAAACCGAUUAAGCACACCUCUGACAGUAUCGAUUCUACUAUAACGAUUGAGAGUGUCGAAGAAUCGGAAGCGACUAGUGUUGCCAAACCGAAAUUGUCCCCGCUUUUUGGAAGAGCCAGUAAUUCCACGGUGGAGACUGUUCGAAUAGAGCUGGAGCCAAGGAAUGAGUUCAGGAAGUUGUCUCCGAUAGUCAGGAAUAAGAGCGGCGCGAAUCAACACAUCAAUUUCCAGAACAGACCGCAGUCCAGUCCUACUUCCAUCAAGAAGCAGAUGAAGGUGGAACCAUCAAGCAAGAACACAUCACUACAAGACGAAGAUUUGAAACCGGAUGGUGACCUGACGAUCUACAUGGGCGAUCGGAAUCGGACCUGGGACGGCUCGGAGAAGAAACAGACGGUGCUCGUCAACGAUGCUGAACUGUCACUGAUGCAUCGUGAAAUUGUGCUCAAUGAGAGAGACUACACAAGCAAGACAGCAUACUCGGAGGUGACCCUCCAACCGGCCACGUUGCCGCUGAGUCCCCGACCGGCCUCCGCCUCGCAGCUGGUCAGGAGGCAGCUGGAACUGUGCGGCCAGCAUAAACGGCGUCUCAGUCUAAGAUACAUGCAACGUAACAAGACAAGUCCGGAGCGUGUCUCCAUGAUGAUCUACGAGCCGACGAAGGCGGCGCAGCGACACCUCGACAAGGGGGACUUCGACCAUUCCGCCACCAUCAACUGA